UUCCUGUCAGUUUGCUCAUGACAUUUGUGGUGUGUGUUGUGUAGUCAUGUGGAAUAUUGCGUGAAAUACUUCAAUUAUUGAUAAAUUUAUAGUGUUGUGACUGGACAAACAUACAAAAUGGCAAAAAGGCUGACCGAAGAAAUGGUCAUAGCCAGGACAAAAAUAUCCGAUCUUGGUAAAAUAAAACGUCUUAAUUGUUGGGGUAGCGAACUGGUGGAUGUUUCUCUGCUUCGGAAAAUGCCUUCAGUUGAGGUUUUAUCUUUGAGUAUCAACAAAAUCAACAGUCUGGCGGAUUUCCAGUACUGCAAUCGAUUAGAGGAAUUGUAUAUACGACAAAAUGAUAUUAGGGACGUCAAUGAAGUUAUGUAUCUGCAGGCUUUGUCGAAUUUGAAGAAUCUGUGGCUGGGCGAGAACCCGUGCGCGAAUACCGAGGGGUACCGCAUGGCAGUUAUCAAAGCCUUGCCACAGCUCCAAAAAUUGGACAACGUCCAGGUGACCCAGGAAGAACUAAGGGAAGCUCAAAGGAGGGGGAGGACGCUCUAUCAUCCAGAAGACGCCCAAGAAGACAGCGAAGAGGAGUACGGCGCUCGGUCGUCGCCGCCACAACGACGCCAGCCGAACAAUUGUCAGUAUCCUUCGCCGCCUGAGACGCCGGAGAUGCAGACGAGUCCGACGCAACACGAGACUACCGAAUACGAAGACGUGGAAGAGAGUGAGGAAAAUUACCCCAGAGAAGACGUUUCCGAAGAAAGUCGAGAAUACUCUCCUCCGAGACAGACCAGUCCACCUAGAAGAAAUGAACCCGUGAGAAGAGCGUAUUCCCCUGAAACAGAAUAUAUAGAGAGGAGAAGGAGCAGUUUCGAGAGAGAAUCACCAAGGCAGUUACAGCAGCAGCAGCAGCAACAGCAAUAUUAUGAGAAAUCAUCAACUAACAACUCAUUCGACGACGUGCAAUCAUGCGAAACAACAACCUUUAGGGAAACUAAAAUAGUUAACAGCCAAUCGGCGAGCUGCAUUAAGGAAUACACGAAUGGAGACAGGUAUAACUCCUCACACGGCGUUAGUGAAAUAUCUGUGACAAAUGUCGAAAAGCGCGAUAGAUACACUUGUUCUGCAGCUGCUCAUCGGCCUCCUUUUGCCAGGCGACCUGUGACGAGGAAUUCCAACAUUCUUUCUGCCGUACUGUGCCUAGUAAAGGAGUUGGACUACCCUAGCCUGGAAGUUGUAGAGAUGGCAGUUAGAUGUAGAAUGGACGAGCUGGACGAAUGACAAAAAUAAAAUAUUCCAGACCGCCUCUUUUUGCACACCCACAAUAACGAACAGCUUUAACAAUUGGGUCUGAGUUUUGAAUACUUACCUUUUCGAAAACUUUGGAAUCAUUAGAGUGGAAUUUGACAGCUUUAUAAAUCACUAUCAACGUUGCUGUGUUCGAUACAGAGCUUAACUAUAACUUACUCUUCUAUGUUCUAUGUUCAGAGGUCGACAGGUUUCUGAACUUUUUUCCGCCCGUUAAUAAAAGCAAAAGUUUGAGAGAAACCUAACUGAAACAAAAAGUUUCAUUGUGUUUAUACUGUUUCCUAGUUGAUGAUAUUUAUUUUUUGAAUUAUAACAAUGGCCAAAGCUUAAAUUAUUUGAAACAAAAAGGGACUUGGAAUGUUUUCCAGAAUCCAGUGAACGACUAAUUUUUUUUGCCAUGCUAGAUUGGUAUUUUAAAUUGUCAAAACGCCUUUCAAAACUUUCUAUCAUGAUCAAAUAGACAGAAUGCAGAGUUAUUCCUCACAAAAUACAUUCCGACAGCUUGAUCGAUAUAUUCACGAAUAAUUUCCACUUUAUCAUCUAUGAAUUCGACUGUUGAUUUGUACCUUAAUUUUGUUUUAGAUAAUACUAUUGUAUUUUAAGUAAUGUUAGUUGUUGAAUUAAACGGAUAUAGGGUAUUGAAAAUAGCCCAAGUAACCAAAACAAACAUUUACUACAUCCUUUCUAUUUUCGUCUCAUACUGAGAAUAAUUUUAGAUAAAUUGUUCCAUGUUCUGUUGAGACUUAUUGGAAAUAUUUUUUUUUAUCGAAAAUCUGUGUUCAUCUAUAUUUAUUGAGAAAUAUGUGCAAUAUUAAGUAUUAAAUUGAAAUACAUUUGGUAAUUGAAUUAGUUUGGAAAAUUCGAGUGAAAAAGCACUAACUACAUUUUUGAAAUGAUUCCUAUCCAAGAUGUCGUGACUGAUAAAUGUAAAACACUUUAUACAAAGUAAAGGACCAAUCUGAGGUUGAAUAUUUUAUUUAUUUAUGAGUAAAUGUUUAUUAUAGUUAUAUUAUUCUGUUGUGAAUCUUGCCAAAAAUUACUUUGGAUAAUUUAUUUUGCUAUUUGUACAUAAGUAUGAAUUCCCUCCAGUAUAUAGUUUUUGUUUAAGUAUUGCUCUUUAUAUAUUUUUGUAAUAUUAAUCUAGUCUAAUUGGCAACUCAUUUUUGGCCUCCAAGGUUUUAUAUAUUUAUAGUUAAACUAUUCUAAUUCUGUUUUUAAAAAUAUAUGAAAUUUA